AUGGAUGCCUCACCCCUCACCCAGCAGAUCCGACCCGACUCCUUUAAACCUAAGAUCGUCCAGCUCUAUGAGAACCUCUUCAAAGCAGCAGAUGAUACAGAUCCCUCAGAGGGCUUCUGGAGAGAAUUCUUCUUGCUUCCCCCGGACCGGAAUCAAUUGCAUGCUAUUCUAGACCACUUGAGUCCGGACGAGACAAUCAGUUUACAGACUCAAACUCGCCGUUUCUUUGCUCGUGCAAUUCGUGAGGCGGCAGCUGGGUCCGCUCCGGCGGCUUCUUAUGCAUUAGAUACAUUGACUGUCUUUUUGACGAGUAUCUUGAGCAAGAAAUACACGAACCCAAGCUCGGAUGUCAUCACUGUCCUUGCUGGGCUUGACGAAGUGGACCAUGUCAUUGCUGACCUUGUGGCCGUCCUGGACAGAUUAAUUCGCAAUGGCAGUGACUUUGAUGUACGGCUCAAGGCUAUCAAGACGGCCAUUGCCAUGACCAGCGGAGCAUACAAAACCAGCUUGGUCUCAUAUCUCACGCACAGAGAUCUUUUCCCAUCGCUUAUGAAGUAUGUUUCUGAAUCUGACUCCCCGCAACAAGUGUUCGACCCCUUCCUUCUUCUGGGACUCUUGGCGAAUUACAACAAGUUUGAAUUCCAAAACCCCUACCAGCUUCGACUUGAUGACUUUGUCAACGAGUCAAGUAUCCAAAAGGUCACCAAUGGCGUCGGUCUAGCUUGUAGUGGCCUGCGCAACGGCUACAUUGCAGUGCAGGAUGACAUUCCCGAGGGCUGGAGUUUGGCCAACACAUUGACGUUCUUUGGGCUGCGAGCACUCGCUCCUGGCACCAGGGACAAAGCACACCCCCCUUCGGCUGAAGAAGCGAAGGCGAUGUUCGUCGAUCUCCCAUCACAAGAAGCCGCAAUUUUAUUGGCUACUUAUGAUUUUACAAAUGCCAAUAAGCUGUUCGGCUACCACCUGGUUCACUCUAAACCAGAAAGCAAUGAGGCAGAAUCACCGUUCUCGAGCUUCCUCUCCUUGACUUCAUAUCUUCUUCAACAUGCAUACCGAUCCCCGCGGGUCGGGCAGUAUGCCGAACUCAACCUAUUUACCCUCCGCAUACUGGUUGAAGACCCAACAAUUUGCAAGCACAUCUGCAGCGAAGAUGGCAGGCGAAAGGUUCGCAUCUGCCGACAGAAACAGCCCUAUCUCCCCGUAGUCAACGGAGACCGGGUCCUGGCAACCGUCAUAUUCGACAUCGCCAUCGAUACCAUCACACAUAACCUCCGUCGACGCCUCGACGUCAACAUCUACAGUCAAACAAUCGCAAUAACCCUCCGCCUCCUAACCUACCUCUCCAAAAACAAAAUCCGGCUGACCUACCACUGGCCCGAACUAUGGCGCACCCUCCUCUCCCUCAUGCGCUUCCUAGCAACCUACGCCACCGACCUAACCCCCAACCCAAGAAUCCAAACCCUGACCACCUCCCUCGCAGACCUAAUCGCCUUCUGCGUCUCCAACGGCGACACCUUCCUCCCCGACCCAGCCUCCUACGACGACCUAUUCUACAAGCUCGUCGAAACAGGUCCCGUAAUCACCAAAUUCCGCAACGCCUACCCCUUCUUCCGCCCAAACCCUGGGACUCCUUCCAAAGCACCCGACGCAAUCUCCGACGUCCAUUGUGCCGCCAUCGACACCCUCCAAUCUGUAUCAACCCACUUCUACACCCUGCUGUUUCAUUCGGAGGGCGUGGAUGCUGUCCCUGUGGCUGCUAGUCCGAAACCUGAGGAGCCGGCGGCGGUGGCGCUACCUUCGAUUCGGAAGAAGAAUUUGUCGCCGAGGGAGGUUCAUAGGAUUAUCAAGCAGGGGUAUGAUACUUUGAGUAUUCAGCCGCCCGAGGGUUUGAGUGCGUGGAAUAAGUGGCGUGAGGCGGAGUGGAAGAGUGAAUUGAAGCGUGCGGCGAGGUGUGCUGUUGAUGAUGCGAGGCAGUUGGUUGCUUGA